CUUUCUGAAAAUAGUUCCUCAUCUACUGCUACAAAUUUGAGAUUGCUUGCUGUCACGUCUUUUUUGAGAUGGUACUUUAAAAACCAUAGGCAAGCAAAUAAAUGUACUGGAAAGACGAUAGAUUUUAUCAGAGAAACAAAGGCAUCUCUGAGAUUUCUCUGCUCUGCCGUAGUGAAAUUCUUCUCACCCAAUAACAGUGAAUCGGAAGCAUAUAUUUCUUCUGGGAGACAAUGUCAUCCCCUACUACAAAAAUGGAGGCUGAACUGAGCUGUUCUGUUUGCCUGCGCAUCUACAGGAACCCUGAGUUUCUUCAUUGUGGACACAACUUCUGCCGUGACUGCUUGUGCAAGGGAUGGGAAAACCAGGACACAACAAAGAUUUACAGUUGCCCUGAGUACCGGGCGGAAUUUAGGGAGCUUCCUGUUUUACAGAGAAACAUCAAACUUGCUAGCAUCGUUGAACACCUCCAAGUUGUCAGAGAGUCAUCUUUGUAUUCCCUGGAGUCAUCAGAACCUUCGCUUGGGCAGGGAGGUGACAGUGGACAUUCUGAAACUCUACCUGUCAUAGCAGACUGCCCAGAGCAUGGGGAGCCCUGGGAGUAUUACUGUCCUCAGCACAAGGCUUGCCUCUGCCGGUCCUGCCAGGAGAGCCAUAAGGACCAUAGCUGCCAGUUGCUGGACAAGGCCAUGGCACAGAUGAGGGUUGUGCUAAUGGGAGAGAUUGGGAGGCUGGAGCAGUCACAGAAGGCUUUGCAGGAAGUUGUGAGCUGGUUGCAGGAUGCACAGGAACACGUGAUCGCUGACCGGAGCAGGCUUAAGAAGCAAAUCUCUGGGCUGUUCCACAUGAUCCAUGAAAUGGUCUCAGCAGAUGAACAGAGCAUAUUGGAUUUUAUUGAUGGUGAGGAGAACCGUCAGCACGCUAGACUGGACUCAUACGAAGGGGAGAUGCAGAAGAAGAAGGAUGCCUCAGAACAGCUCCUUGUUGAAGCACGGGAAUUACAGCAGAAUCCCAUGCCAGACUGGGAGUUUGUGAAUUCCUGCCAGAAAAUGUUGGAGAAGCUUUUGAAAGUUGACAUCCACAUUCAGGGCUACACAUUGACAAAAUGGGAGCUGGACAGGGCUUCGGUUAAACAAAUUGAAAAAGAGGGCAAGACAUUAGCAAGAAGGUUGGGCAAAAUGAUUCAAGAUAGGCUUAGCCAUAGUCAAGAGAUCCUGUUGAAACUAACUGUGCCUACAAGGUCACAGGCUUGGAGAAAUAUGAGCAAGAUCCAAAAGAGCCCCCCUCAGUUACAAUUACAGAGAGCCAAACUAACACUGGACCGCAAUACUGCUCACAGCAAUCUGUGCCUGUCUGGAGAUCUCUUGUCUGCAGAGUGGGUAGAAAAAGGACAGGUAUUUCCCUCCCACCCAGAACGCUUUCGACUGCACCCCCAAGUCCUGUGCUCCCAGGGUUUCUCAACAGGGCAGCAUAUGUGGGAGGUGGUUCUGUCAGGAGGUCGGAGGUGGGAGGUGGGAGCCACCUGCAAGGGUUCCAACCAGUCCUGGGUGGACACCUGCAUUGCCUGGGCCCUCCGCUGGGACGGUCGACGGCUGCAAGCCUUCGAAGGCCCUACCCGACACUCCAGUUCAACACUGAGCUCUGUUCUGCAUGCCCCUGGCAGGAUGAGGGUAUGUUUGGACUGUGAAAGGAGAACCCUCUCCUUUUUUACUUUGGAGGAAGAGGUUAUUCAGACUACCAAAGAAGAGAUGAAGAAAAGGACCCAACUUCACACAUUUCAUAUCAAACCUACUGGUCCUAUCUUCCCUGGAUUCUAUUUGGAGCAGUCCAGUGUCAGGAUCAUACAGAACAAUUCCAACACAAAUGUAGUGUGAAUCAUACAAAAUACUGGGUAAAUGUAUAUAAUAAACUAUUAUACCACUGUAUAUAUUACUAUACCGUUUAUUGUGCUAGUUUUAAUGUUUAAUGCUUUUAAUGUGUAUUUUUAGUGAACUGGAAACUGGAGCCAAUUCUGUUUAAUUUUGAAGCUGCAGAAAAAAAGAUGUUUACAAAAAGACAAAAAACAAUAAAAUGGGUUGUAUGUUCUCAGCAACAUGGAAGGAAUGUUUUCAUAUUUUCAGAUUUCACAAGCACACUUUGAGAUAAAAUAAACAAAUGCUUGAUAAAAUUGUGAUCGCUGUAAUUAUGUGACACAAAGUUUGAAUGACACAUUCUCUUCAAAUGGUAAGAUGAAAAAACACUGAGCCAAGUUACAUGAUUCAGGCAACAUUGGGCAGCAUUGCUUUGGAAUAGAGCUUGUUUAGUUUUUGUGAGCCAAGAUAGCCAUUUGUUGUAAUUUGGUCUCAUUUUGAUAUCAAUGACAGGCCUGGAUUUAGCAAGUUUCAGUUAAUGACUUAUAGACAGUGCUUUGUAUGCAUGAGUAACUUGACGUUUUUGUACAUUGAAAACAUGUUUUUGUUCAGAUACUUCUUUUUGUACUGUGUUUGUUAUGAGUAACUAAUAAUAAUAAUACAAAUAAAUGUAUGAAUCAUAUCAGAUAAUACAAUUUAGAGACUGAAAUGCAUACACAUUAGGGAUGUUAACAAAUAAUUCAUUAACUGUAAAUUGUUAAUAAACGUUGAUUGAUUAAUUUUA